GCUGUCCGCCCCGCGAGCAGCCGUACGAGGCGGGCGGCAGGAAGGGCGCGGCGGCGGCGGCGGCGGCGCCGGGCGGGCCCUGCAGAGACCUCUGGGAGAUGUUUGCCUUGAAGAAAUGCAUCGGGGAGCUGGCAAGAGAUGAGGAAACACAAAACUGAAAUCAGUUUCAAGGAAAUCUUAGGGCAGAUGAUUUACACGGCGACGGAAGUAGAAGGAGGAUCCCUGGGGAAAGCAAACACUUGAGACUUCAAGGUGGGAUGCCUUCGGUGGCACAUUUCUCCACUGGCCAUCUGAUCCAGGAGGUGCCCGCUUCCUAAGCACAGAUCAAAGACAAAAGGUUCUUGAGUCACCAUGGAUAUAAUGAGGGAUGCAAAGCCAUGGAAGCUGCCCCCCGCGCUGGACAAGUACAAGAGCACCUAUCGGAAGGACUUCGGCUGGCACGACGAUUAUCACUCACCCACCCAGGCACACGUACCGAAACCUUCAUUCCCUCCUGUUCCAGAAGUAUCCAAGUGCUACCUGCCAGAGUGCUACUCCUCUGACCUGACACCAGGACGGGUGGGGAAACUGGAGAUUCUCGCUGAGCCUAUGCACGACCUGUCUUGUUGCCCGUCCAUUCCUCCUCUGUCAGCUAGAACUGAAGAGGCGUUGGUGCCGAAGGAACUGCCGUCCACGGGCUUGGUCACCUACCAGCAAUUUGCCCAGGAUUUGUACCUGGAAGGGCUGCACAAUGCUGAUAAAUACAAAACCAAGAACCGGAGCUCAUCUGUUUUAAUGAGAGACUACUCUGACCUCGAGUGGAAAAGUGUCUACAAGCAAGAUUUUGAGCCCUGGAAAGGAGUCCGUGGUGCGCUUUACACAGAGGAGAUAAGGCCUUCUCCCGUUUUCCCUGAAGAUAACCGCUUCAAUGAGAGCCGCUGGGUUUCUGAAUACGCAGACAGCUACAGCAUCUUCCUGAAGAGGCUGGACUGGUCAUCUCCCAUCUCUGCACAAUGGCUGCCCUUUGGGAAGGAUGCACGAUGGACACCGCGAUGGAGAGAGUCCACUCACUGAGUGGUGCUAGGGUGGCUGUGCUCUUUGGCCUUCCAAGCUGCCUAUGUGAGACCCUGAAAGCCUUGGAAAACUCAUCUCUACCAAACCUACCACCAUGUCUAUCAGAUGUGAAAAUUUGCCAAAGACC